AUGCAACGUGUUUCUUCUGCAGUAGAUUUUAAUAGUCUACUGAAUCCUCAGUCUACUCAGGAAAGAGAACAACAAGCUGCUCGACAAAAAUUGGCAUUAAUCCAACAACAGCAACAACAAAGAGAAGCAGAAAUGGCGGCCGUCAGUAUGAUGCCAAAUAUGGUUGGUGGACACCAUGGAGACGAUCGUCAAGACCUACCUCGACCAUACAAAUGCCCUUUGUGCGAUAAGGCAUUCCACCGUCUUGAACAUCAAACUAGACACAUUCGAACGCAUACGGGCGAGAAACCUCACGCAUGUCUAUUUCCAGGCUGCACAAAGCGAUUUUCGCGUUCUGAUGAGCUUACUCGACACUCGAGGAUACACAACAAUCCAAACUCGAGAAGAAGUAACAAGGCACAGCAGGCUUCUCAAAUUGUUUCGAUGCAUGGCGAUUCAAUGGCUACCAUGAUGCCACCACCCAAUAAGAACAUUACGAGAUCAGCACCAGCUUCAGCCUUAGGUAGUCCAAAUGUCUCUCCACCUCACUCAUACACUUCCUACACCAACAAUCUUUCGAAUCUCAAUCCUUAUGGACGCAGUUUAGGAGGAAGCCCGAAUAAUGGACAAGCCCCCCUCACAGACAUAAAUAUGCUAGCUACCGCAGCAACGCAGGUUGAGAGGGAGAGUGGCACAACGGCAACUCAUUACCCACAACACAACCAACAAGCUCGCCAUCACCCAUAUUACAGUCAUAGUAAUCACAGCAGCAGAAAUCACCUUCCUUCGCUUCAGGCUUAUGCCAUGACCAGAGCGCAUUCUCAGGAAGAAGACGACCAUUAUGCCCAUCGCCACGCGAAACGUUCUCGACCAAACUCGCCAAUGUCGACGGCACCAUCUUCACCUACAUUCUCUCACGAUUCCCUUUCUCCAACCCCUGAUCAUACCCCUCUCGCAACUCCUGCGCAUUCACCUCGUUUGAGACCUUAUGGUGGUGGUUACGAUUUGCCAGGAAUUAGGAACUUGUCUCUUCACCAUACUCCUGCACUUGCGCCCAUGGAGCCUCAACAUCUUGAUUGCCAAUAUCAUGCCACUACCAACCCAACGACGAGUGCUCCAAGAAUAGGUCUGAGCAUCACUGAUAUUAUGUCGAGAACGGAUGGCAGCACGAGAAAACUACCAGUUCCUCAGGCCCCAGUGGCGGUACAAGAUCUUUCGAGCCCCGGUGAGAUUGGAUUCAACACAAGUGGCCAAAGUAGUACCACUGGUAGCGUUGCUGGAAAUGAUCUCGCGGAUCGUAUGAUCUAA